AUGAAUAGUCUGAUGAUAGUUACUUUAAUAAUUUUAUAAAAUACUUUCUAGAAUAAAUAUCUUUUUUUUUAAAAAUCAUUUGAUUGGUAACCACUUUUAACGGUUCUUGGUGCUGCUGCUAAGUCUUAUACUACUCAAAACCUAUAAUUAUUUCUACUUCCAAAAAUUUAAAGUCUAAUAUAAGAUUUAUUAGUAAUUAAUAAAUAUAGUAACAAUACUUGAAUCUACAAUUUGAAAUUCUUUUUUAAGAUUAUGGAAUUCAUGAAUAUAUUUGGGAUGAUGAAACUCCAUACAUUCAAUUAAUAAUUUCGUUUUUUGAAGGAAUUUUUGUUUCUGUGCUUCUCUCUAUAACCAUGAAUAUGAUAAUUUAUUUUCUAAAGGCUAUAAAUUAGAAAUGUUGCAUAUAUCAUAUUAUGUAUGGAUAACCAUAUUUUUGGGAGUGUUUCAAUUACUUAAAAUAUUUUAAUUUUAAAAUAUUGAAUUAGCUCUUUACAUUAAUGUUCUUAUGGAAUGUAUAAAUUAAUUUUUUAGUGGAAUUUUCACUGAAUUAAUUAUAGUAUAUAUAACAGUGCUUUAGAUUGAACCUGUAGGAUAUCUUUAAUUUAAUAUUAUCCUAAUGUAUAAUGUGUCUGUUGUAUAGAUCAACUGAAAACGCGAGAGAUCAAAGUACUUAUUUUGUUUAUUUCAAUAGAAAACAAACUCUUUUAUUUGAGUUUUAUGAAUUUUUUUAAUAAGAGUGUAGAAAUUCACAGUUAGAGAAGAAUCUUAAAUAAUUCAAAUGAUGUUCUCUGCGCAGAAAGAUUAAGUCUGGUUGAAUUCUUAAAAGUUUUGUCAUAAAUUCUUUGUACUCAUAUGAUAGUUAAUUAUGAUUAAUUGAGAAAAAUUAAGUUUAAUCAUUUUGGAAAGAGUCCUUUUUUAAUUUUAGAUUCCUUUUAUUUUUCAAUCUCAAUUAAGAUGUGA